GUGGACGUGCACGCGCUCGCGCACGAUCUCGCGCGGGACGCGAACGUCGAGGAUGGUCGGGUUUGGGGUCCACGCGGGGAACGGGACGACGGCGGACGGUUCGACGGCGGCGCGGAAGGAGGCGCGUCGUCGUACGAUGAUCGCGCCCAACACGAAAACGUUGAAGAACGGGACGUCGGUGAUGCGCGCGCGCGUAAGCCGCGGGAGGUGAGCGCGGAUGAGCGGAUUAAUGCGACGGCGACGGCGGUGAUCAAGGCGGGGUCGAGCGGGCACUCGGUCGAAGCGUUCAACGGAAGCUCGGACGAUAUGGCGUUUAGCGAUCGGCUCGCGGUGGCGACGGCGAAGAUAUCCACGCUAGCGGCGCAGCUGAAGGAGAAGACGGCGGCGGCGCGAGAUACGCGCGCGAAGGAGAAGGCUCUAGGUGGUAAGGAGUUGUUGCGUCGGUUGCAAGAGACGGCGUCGAGUCAGAGCGCGCAGCGCGCGCCGGGUCUCGUUUCGUUGCAGUCCAUGCGCAGAGGAGAAGGCGCGGCGGCACCAACUGUGGACGAAAGCGGAAAGGUCGUGAAGGGGAUCGGGUACAAAUUGAGCGCGGCGACGCGCCGCACGUCUCAGCGGUUGUUGCAAAGUUUCGGCACCGCGGAGAAGAUGCGAGACGACGAGUUCAAGACUUUGUGGAACAGCGUGCAACAGCAGGAGUCCAUCUUGAAGGAAAUCGCGCAAGUGAGCACCGCGUAUAAACAUGCACAACGCGCGGUGUUCGAUAUGAGCAAGCGACUGGCCACACUUAUCCGGAAUUUGGUCGAAACCGGGGACAAGAAUAACGUUUGGGACGGCGCGCCGACGGUGGCGAGAGAAGCCGCGUUGCGAGAGGCGUGCAAGAUGGUGGAUGUCGCCGACGCUCUCGUCGCGCGAUGCACGCCUCUCACCGAGGAAGUGUUCGAUUGGAACAUUGUCGAACCCGCGGCGCACCGCUCGAAAGAGCUCCCGGCGUACAAGGCGUGCGUAGCGAAACGCGCGGCUUACAUGCAAGACAUGGACGCCUUCGACCGCCAGCUCGGCGCGUUACAGAAGCGCUCGCCCAAGAACGCCGACGAAUACGCCGUCAAAGAAGAACAAGCGCGCCGCGCCAAAGAGCGCUUCCAGGAUUUCAGCUCGAAGCUCGUCGAAGAGCUUCAAAUCGUCGACGGCACGCGAUACGAGAUGGCGUACUCGAUCGCCCGCGGGUUCGCCAACGUCCAAUGCUUCAAUCUCGAGCGCCAACUCGACGUCGCUCGAACGCUCCGCGGUGGUGGUCAGUAG